CGGCACCUCCCGCCGAUGACCGCCUGCAGAUGGCGCGGCAGAUUCAGUAGAAAACGUUUUGAAAAGUGUAAUCGCAGUUACAUUAAACUAGGAGCUAAUUGUUCUUGUUUUUGUCUGUUGUUGCAGCAGCUGGUGACGCUGGGCGACGCGUCUCUGCCGGCGAGGCUGCGGCACCUGCAGGUGGCGGGCGGCGGCCAGGUGGAGGUGAGGCUACUGCAGAAGGCGUUCGCGCACCUGCAGCUGCUGGAGCGGGCGACCUUCUCCAGGCUGCGCCGCCUGCUCGUCCGCCACCACGCCUUCACCAACGCCUCUAGCGACGGCCAGGGCUUCUCCGCCGGACGGGGCCUGCUCUUGGAGAUCGAGGACUGCGACGCGGUCGUGCUGGAGACGGACGCGUUCCUGGACGUGCGCGCGCCGCUGACGGCGCUCGUGGCGCGCACGGGCCACGUCGUGGUGCAGGGCUCGGCGCUGUCCUGGCUGCGCGCGCUCUCGCUCGUGGACGUGGCGCGGCUCGAGCUGCACGAGCACGCCCUGGCGCUGCGCGACGUGCACGAGCGCGCCGGCCCGCUCGCCAGCGUGCUCAUGCAGAACGUCGUCCUGGCCGAGAUCCCGCGCCACGCCUUCCCGUCGCCGCUCGCCGACAUCCUCAUCGUCGGCUCCGAGAUCCGCGCCAUCCGGAGGGACGCCUUCAGCGCCCUUCAGAUGCGCGCCGUGCGGCUGCUCGAGACGUCCGUGCACCGCCUCGACGGCGGCGCCUUCAGCGCCAGGACGCUCAUCCUAUCGCUCGAGAUCCGGGGCGCGCGCCUGCACCAGGUGUCGUCCGGCGCCGUCAGCUCGGCCGUCAACAACCUCACCAUCUCCAACUCAAAGCUGUACGAGGUGCUCGGCGGCGCCUUCAACCUGACUGUGGCCGCCGUGGCGCUGCGCCACUCCGUGCUGGAGCGGGUGCGGUCGCGGGGCUUCGCGCUCAACAAGUGGAACUCCAUGGAGGUGCACAACAACACCUUCGCGUGGCUGGAGCCCUUCGCCUUCCAAGCGCCCUUCCGGUCGGCGCCCGGCGUGGACGCCUACCGCUUCCGCUUCACCGACAACGUGGUGACGAGCGCGCUGCCCAGGGCCUUCUCCUUCUCGGGGUCGGAGGCGGCCGCCGCCGAGGACGAGUGGGAUGAGGGCGCGUACGACGGGGACGCCUCGGCGCCGCCGCCCUUCCUGCCCGCGGAGGUGCGCGGCAACGUGUUCGAGCGCGCGUGCCACUGCCAGAUGCACGCCUUCCUGGACGAGCUCGUGUCGGCGCCCGCGCCCUGGCUUCCCUGGGUGCCGGCCGGGCUCCUGUUCAACACGAGCUCCUGCCUGGUGGACAAGCGGCAGGCGAGCUGCUUCGACCUGCCAGAGGGCGCCACCGCCAUGCCCAACUACACGGCCGUGGUCUGCACCGCGGGCCUCGCGCCAUGCGAGGUCGACGAGGACAUCAACGACAUCGGCGACCAGUCGCUGGGCGGCGCCAACGGCGGCGGCCUCGUCGACGGCUCGCCGGGGACCACGACGUACAUCGAGGGCGGCGACUCGGCGCUCAACUUCGAGGCCGGGCUGCAGCGCGAGAAGAAGGUGCUCGCGGGCAUAUUUGUGGUCGUGGUGGCCAGCCUGGCGCUCGUGCUGGCCGUCAGCGGCGCCGCCUGGCUCGUGCGCCGCGGCGGCUCGUCGCGCUGCUCGUACACGGCGCUGUGCUCGCGCCUGCGCACCCUGGGCAUGAGUGAGACCUCGGGGGCCGGCGGCGGGCUUGUCUCGGCCUCGUCGGCGCGCUCCAUAUCGCGGCUGUCGGUGCACGAGUACGAGCGCCAGCACUCGCACGCCACGGGCACGGGCGUCACGACCCUCACGCUGCACGAGGACGACGACGACGACGCCUGGAUCCCGUGCGAGGACAAGGCCACGCAGACCCUGCCCGAGGAGCUGACGCAGGAGCUGCUGCAGACGCUGCGCGAGAAGCUCGACGACCCGGACAACUACAGCGAGGCGCGCGACAUGAUCGAGCACCUCUACGACCUCAUCAAGGUGGAGGAGAGCUGCAACACCAACCACCGGUCGCUGUCGGACCUACACGAGGAGCUCGACAGCUACAUGGACGAGGAGGAGGCCGACAACGGCGAACACGUCUACGACGUCAUCCGGCCGCAGCAGAGGCCGUCGGCGCGGCCGCGCGGCGCCCGGGGCAGCCGCUGCACGGCGUCGGUGGGCACGCGGGCGCCCUCCCCGGACAAGCUGGUGGGCGGGCGGCUCGGGCCGGGGAACGGCGGCGCCCCCCAGGGCAACGUGUACACGCAGCGCCUGGGCGUGGGCCACGCGCGCCCGGCCGCCAACAUGCUGCGCUCCAUCGGCCAGAGCCUCGCCAGCCUGCACAGCGUGGCCGCCCCCGCGGGCGUCCCCGCCACCCCGCACCGGCCCGCCCCCGGCGUCCCCGCCAUGCUCUGCGACUACGCCGAGCCCACGGACGCCAAGGUGCACGUGUACUGCGAGCUGCCGCCCAGUCACCCGCCCCCGGGCGCACCCGGCGCCGAGCCCCCCACCGCCCCCUGCAGCCCCGUCGUCUGCAGGAUGGCAAACCGGCCGCUGCCCAGCAAGCCCAGCAAGUAGCGGAUCCGAUACCGAUCUCAUUUUUUUUGAGGAUGAAAUCGUACAGCUAUUUCUCAAAAAACCAAAAC